AUGUUGCUUGUUUUUUUUUGGACAGACUGCUUCGCUCUCGCGGAGGAAGCAGGGGCGCCGUGCUCUACUUUCCAUCUCAUGUUGCAUUCGUGCGCGAUGGUUUUCCUUAACGAAGCAACAGAAUUGCUGCUGCUGUUGAUGCUCUCUCCUUUGCCUUUUACUCCUUCCUACUUCUCAGUCUUGCCGCCCUCUCUUCUACCCUCCCAAGCAGGACGCCCUACUUCUCCC